AUGCUUUUCGAUGAUCGUCAAUGGGUAGCGACAAGAUCGCCCGGAAACAGGGUGGAUGGUUACCUAUUUGCCUAUGGGCACGAUUAUCGAGAAGCCAUCCAGGCAUUUUAUCUCCUGUCUGGGCCUCAGCCACUUCUUCCUCGAUGGGCACUGGGCAACUGGUGGAGUCGAUACUAUGCCUACACUGCGGAAGAAUACCUGGCGCUCAUGAGUCGGUUUCACGAAAGCGAGAUUCCACUUUCCGUCGCUGUCUUGGAUAUGGAUUGGCAUAUUGUCAAUGAUGAUCGAGUCAAGAAGACUGGGGUCACUGGUUGGACUGGAUACUCCUGGAACAGACAACUGUUCCCGGAUCCGAAGGCCUUCCUCGACGAACUCCACAAUCGUGGUCUACGUGUUGCUCUAAAUGAUCAUCCCGCCGAUGGAGUUCAGAGCUACGAAGAUCCUUACGAAGAAAUGGCAGCUGCACUGAAUCAAGACACCUCGAUGGGCGACCCCAUCCAUUUCGACAUCACCAACCAGGCAUUCGUCGAUGCUUUCUUCGACGUGCUGCACCGACGAUUUGAGAAAGAAGGAAUUGACAUGUGGUGGGUAGACUGGCAGCAAGGAAAGCAUUCCCGGAUUCCCGGCAUCGAUCCACUUUGGGUCCUGAACCACUUCCACUUCUUGGACAGCGCCCUCGAUAACAAGAGACCCCUCACCUUUUCCCGAUAUGCAGGCCCUGGCAGUCACAGAUACCCCAUCGGCUUCUCGGGAGAUACCGUUGUCUCAUGGAACUCGCUUCACUUCCAGCCAGAGUUCACCGCGACGGCAUCUAACAUUGGCUAUGGAUGGUGGAGCCAUGAUAUCGGCGGCCAUUUCCACGGCGAAAAGAGCGACGAAAUGCUCAUCCGUUGGGUGCAGUUCGGUGCAUUUUCACCAAUUCUGCGUCUGCAUUCGUCGAAUAAUAUUUUCAGCAUUAAGGAACCGUGGAAUCUUGACGCUCCAUAUGAUCAGAUUAUGACAGAAUACCUACAGUUCCGCCACCGCCUAGUUCCAUACCUCUACACUAUGAACGUCCGUGCGGCAGUCGAUGGACUGCCACUUAUCCAGCCUAUGUAUUGGGGAUAUCCUGAGAGCGAUGAAGCCUACAACGUUCCGAACCAAUACUUCUUCGGUUCCGAACUCAUUGUAGCUCCGAUUAACGCUCCCCAGGAUCCGAAAACCCGCCGAUCCCAAGUCCUUGCCUGGCUUCCUCCUGGCAAACAUGUGGAUAUCUUCACCGGCGUUGUCUACGACGGCGACCGUCGAAUCUGGAUUAAUCGGCGAUUGAACGACUACCCGGUAUUCGCUUCGGAGGGAGCUAUCAUUCCACUUGAUUCAACACCAAUACUCGAGAAUGGCUGUCGAGAUUCGACCAUGAUUGAACUUAUGGUCGUUGUCGGACUGGAUGGAACUUUUGAGCUUGUAGAAGACGACGGACAGGGCCAGUAUACGGAGAAAAUCAAUUUCCGUCGUACGCGCAUCUCCUUCCAUCAACAGGCUGGCGAAUUACACAUUGGGCCGACAAGUGGCGGGGAUCUCUCUCCCCAUACCCGCAAGUGGAACGUACGAUUUCUCGGGUAUUCCUCAUCUGAGCACAUCCAAGUUAUUGCCGACGGAGAAAAAAAGAUUAUAAAUGGAGAGAAGGCUAGCAAUGGCCUUCUUGUGAACUUGGGAUCUCAUCCGGACAAUUUCCGAGUUGUGGUCAAGUUGAAGGGCUAUCCUGCUUUGAAUGUGAAUCAACCUUCGGUUCAAAUUGUCGAGUUCUUGCACGGUGCCCAGAUUGAAAUGGAUUUAAAAAGCGCUAUCCGGGGGAUCGUUGGAAGCUCUAACUCCAUAUUGCUGCAAAUUGGUGAUUUGCACACUCUCGGGCUACGUGAUGCCGUGUUGAAUCCCGUCCUCGAAUUUCUCUUGGCUGACUCUCGCAUCCUAUCGGCCAAAGACAACUAA